AUGGCUUCAUCAUUGAGGCCAAGGUGGAUUUGGGGCGAACGAAGUACAUGCCCGCUUACUGUACCUCUUCUCCCAGAUGCUGGGGAAUUGGAGUGCAGCAAGCGAUUCGAUGCAUUGACCGGUCCUAUCAAGGAGGCCACGGUGGUGAGGCCACUGGUCUCCAAGCUCAUUCCACGUCACUGGAUGAACGUCACCGGCCCGGCAGAAGAGGUGGUAAGACGCUAUCAGAGCCAGCCCCGGUGGCUUGACGCUGUGGACCGUUUGGUGAACGCCACCUUGUUGGAUGCCACGGGCGAGACGGCUCCGCAGAUGGUCCACCGUGGUUUCGACGAGUUCUUCCCCAUGCCGCAGCUCCACUAG